AUGGGUUUCUUUGACUGGGAGGACGACGACGCCGAGUCCGUCGUCUCGAACUCGACAAGAAAAUCUCACACCGGCCAUUCGUCCCGUCCGCACCGCAGCAAGCGUCACUCAGGUACAGGAUCCAUCUUCGGCGGCAGCAGUAGCCAUCACAGCAGUCACCAUGACAAGCACAACAGCUCGCGGAGCUCCUUUUUCAACCUCGGGAAUGGCAGCAGCCGGAGUUUCUUUAGCCUCGGUGGCCGCUCCAAUUCGUACUACAAACGCCAGCCGCGCUCGUCCUUCAUCCAGCGGACAAUCAAGAAGUUGCGCCGGCUCUUACGCGACUUAAUAUACUAUGCAAAGCGCCACCCUAUCAAGGUGUUCAUGCUAGUGAUCAUGCCUCUGAUCACCGGAGGUGCUCUAACCGCCCUCCUAGCCCGCUUCGGCCUCCGCCUGCCUCCGACCAUUGAGCGUAUGCUGGGUGUUGCGGCCCGCGCCGGUUCCGGGGACAGUGUUGGUCUUAUGAGCGAGGCCGUGCGCAUGGCUGGUGGUCUCGGCAACAAUGAGAGCCUCUCUGUCCACCGAAUCCGCGAUGGUGACUACCAAUGGGAACGGCGACGGGAGUACCAUAGCGAGAGUCACGGCCGCGGGUUCUUCGGCAGUAUUCGAGACUUCUUUUCUUAG